AUGCGAGACAUGGCGGGCACGAGCCUCCCGCAGAUUGCCCAUCCGUUGCUCCACGUGGACGUCGACCUCCUAGCGCGCACCUUGCUGCAUGACGGUGCCACGCCUGCGCCGAGCCGUCGCCCACCAUCGCUCGCCGAGCAGACGGCGCAAGCGCAGCUCGAAAGCAUCGUCGCGCAUGUGGAGCAGGUCGCGGCCGACGUGGGCGACACCAAGCGCGCGCGGAACCUCAUUGCGUCAUUGUGCUCGAUCGUUUUGACGCAGUGGAGAGACGACGACGCCAAGCCGCGCAAGACGAUCGAGCGCCCGCGACGCGUCGAGCUUCUCUUCGCAUGGCUCUACCGCUUGGAUGCGUCCAGCGUGCUCCACUGCGUCCAUCGCCUGCUCCAGGGGAGCGACAAAAUGGUGCUCCUCCGCGUCUACUGGAUGCUGCGGGAUUGCACGAAAGCGCUACUUCUGGCUAACGCGACGGAAGCGUCUGCAGAGGCGGGCUGGGAAGCGCUGCUCGACGCCGCAGUCCGGGACGCCGUUACCUACACGACCGUGCAAGAAAACAGCCAGUCGCCCACCAAGCUCAGCGUGGCGGCGGCCGACGCCGGCCUCUACGUCGCACAUGUCCUCGCGCUCGGGACGCUCGACGCGGGCAACUUCCGCCCUUUGACAUGUGCGCUUUUGCGGCGAGUCGCCGCGUGGUACGCGCACAAGCCCGCCCGGAGCCUCUGGGUGGCUGGUAUCACCGAUCUUUUGUCCUAUGAGACGGACCCCGCCUUUGCCUACGAGUACCACCACUCGGGUCUCCUUCUGCAAUCGAUAGCGGCAUUGACCCAUGAGAGCGUGCUGCGGGGACUUUCACAUCUCCAGAACGCGCGCUCGGGUGCAACCGCGCUGCGCAACCUGGCCUUGGUGCUAGGGCGCCAGAAAACAGCUCUACUCCUACCCACAGCGCUGGAGCUUGUGCGAGCCGUCUCGACGUACCUCGAACCCAACCCCAAGGCGCUAAGCUGGGCGCUCGUGGACCGUGUCUUGCAUCAACCCGGCUGGGACGAGGCGGCGCGAUCGCCACUACUCGUGCCGGUCGUGAGCCACAGCUUGGUAUCGCCAGCGGUGCGCCCUUUGGUGGCGCGACGCCUCGUUGACUGCAACGACGCGCUGACGCCGCUGCUUGACGUCAUUCGAGAUGCAUCGACGUCGUUGGCAACGCUCCAGCAAAGCCUGGGACUGGUCCGCUGCGUCGUGCAGCAAACCGGUGCUCCGCGUCCUACGUGGUUCCGUCCGCUCUCGGUCGCGAUUCUUGAAGUGUACUUUUACCACCCAGCCCAAGUCAUUCGCGAUGAGUGUCUAUGGUUGCUGCCGCGCCUCGAUCUCCCGAGUGUGUUUGCUGCUUGCGGCGCUUCGCUACAGCGCGCAGCGGAUGGGCCGUUGGUGCACUUGACGCUCGCUUUCCUCUUUGCGCGCUACAACGACACGCUUUUCGAAGAGCUUUUGAACCUCACCAAGGAGCAAAGCUGUCUCGAGACCUUGUCGCCUGCCGACAAGGCGGCGCAAACGACCAAGCUCCUCAGCUUGCUUCCUCCAUGGCUGCGAACCCACGUACCUCCGUCUGCGAGGCGCAUGGUGACAGACCAAGCGGUCGCGUGCUUCUUUGCGGAUGCCACGGACGGCGUCUCGCUCCACGCGCUGCGGCUCGUGCAUGACGCGUGGCCGUCAAUGUUUCCCCGCAUCUUUUGUCGCCUUGUCACCGAGAUCCUUACCAACGCACGCGCCAUCACGGUGGCACAUGACGACCCGACGUUUCCAAGCGUCCUGCGACCGUACUUGGGCCUGCGCGCGUCGAGCUUUACGCAGUGGGCUACCUGCGACGAGCGCUCGCUCCAAUUACUGCAAACCCACCUUGUCCAGAGCCUCUGCAACGACGCGGCGUCGUCGACGGUGCUGCGCGUGCUAAGCGACCUCGUGGCCAAGCUGCCACCCGCGAACGUCGUACCGGACCUUCUGGCGCGCUUACCGCAUCCGUCGGUGCGGCAGGUGGUCUCGGACAAGGCCGUCGGCGUCCUCAUCUACACGCUGGCGUACCUCGUGGCCCACCGGAUGGCGACCUUUGCCGCUUGGGGAGCUCCGGUGAUCGCGUACUUGGGCAUUGCGCUCUCCGUGCCGGCCCCGGCGAGUGACGAGGCGCGGCACGACCAGAUCUUUUGCGGCCUUGCCGAGAUUCCGCUGGCCCUGUUGCACACGGCCGUGACGACGGGGGACCUGGCGUGGAUCUACUUUUUCCUCGACGCUGUCGUCGCCGGUGCGUGGCACCGACCAGACGCCAUGUACCCUGCGUGCACGCGCGUAUGUCGUAAGGAGACGGCCAUCGGCAUGCCAUUCCGCAUCCACCUGAGCAUCAUCUUGCUCCGCCUGAUUCAAAACGCACCGGAUUUGCCACGUUGUGUCGUCGAUGCGCUCGUGCAGUCGGUCGCGGAUGCGUUUGCCGGGACGACGCAAAGUGCCCGCGACAACAUUGACGGCGUGAGUCUAUCGCUCGAGAUCGUUGCCCAGCUGAUCAUGGUCAACGCCGUCGUGGAGGCGAGCGACGUCAACACUCGCCUCGUGCGCACCAUGGUCGACGUCCUCACGAUCCAAGACUUGAGUGACAAGAUGACGCUGGAAGUCCUCGAGACGCUCUCGCUGGUCCUGUCUGCCGCGCCUGCGAUCGCCGCAGCGCCGCCACUGCCCUCUGUCCUGCUGCGACAAUGUACGGCGAGUCUGGCCAACGCCACGGACGAGGCGAUCGCAAGCCUCUGUCGUGCGCUCAUCGUGCACCUCGAGGCACAGCGCGGCCCGUAGCUGGCUAACGAAAAUGAACCUUGCGACGCGAUUCUACACCAGCGGCUGCAAAAUCUGUUACCCUUG